GAACAGUCGAAAUUUAAAAUGGCCGCGCCUAGAUCAGAUUCUAUGCCAAAAGUUUCAACUGAAAAUUUAGAAUACUUGAGGAAUAUUGUUAAACAAUAUUGUGAAGUUCAAGAAUUAGAAUCAGCACUUUUCUGGGCCGAUAAGCUUGUCUGUCUAUCAUCUGAAACUCCCCAAGAUGUAUACACGUACGCUUUGUUGCUCUAUCAAACUAAACAAUAUUACAAUUGCACAAGUAUUCUUGAAUCAAAAUAUUUAGAGAAGAAAUAUUACGUCUGUCAACUUCUUGUCGCCAAAUGCUAUUUUGAAAUAAAUGAGCUGGAGAAAGCCUUGAAUAUUUUAAAACCCUUUGAUUCCGGAUUAGAGUUAAAAGAAUUACAAGAUUUACCCGGUGUUGAACAAAAGAAUGUUAAAAGCUUAAUAUAUUUAUUACUCGCCAAAAUAAGUGAAGCAUUAGAAGAUAGAAAAUUCGCAGAGGAAUAUUAUAAACAAGCUCUACAGCAUGAUGUAUUUUGCUAUGAGGCAUUACAUUGGCUACAGCAGCAUAAUUAUUUAACAACGAGUCAAGAAAAAAAUUUAACCGAAGACUUACUGGCCCAUACUAAAGGACUAACUAGUUUCGGAAAGGACUUAAUAUCCUAUUCAUAUUCCCUAUCUAUGGAUAAAUUUAAUCCUGAAACGGAAAUAGCUGCUCCAGAUAGUGUCAAACCUUUGAGUGAGAGUUUAUACGCUUUAUCUUGUAAAGCAGAGAAGCUGUAUUAUACUUGCCAGUAUAAAAGUGCAUUUAAACUUUUAUCUAAGAUAUUAAGAAGAGAGAAAUUAUACAAACAUGCCUUAGCGGUUUUUGUGUCAACUUUAUACGAGUUGCGGAAAGUCAAUGCUCUAUUUACAUUGGCAAACAAGCUCGUUGAGGUUUAUCCGAAGGAAGCGAUUUCUUGGUAUUCUAUUGGAGUGUAUUAUUUACUAUUAAAUCAAAUUGAAAAGGCUAGAAAAUUUCUUACCAAAUCAAAAAGUCUUGAUAAAUCAUAUGCACCAGCUUGGAUUGCAUAUGGACACUCUUUUGCUGAACACUCUGAGCACGAUCAAGCGAUGGCUGCGUAUAAUAUUGCUGCUCGUUAUGCUGCUGGAUCUCAUUUUCCAUUACUUUUUAUGGGAAUGGAACAGUAUAGCAACGACCGUAACUUACAAUUGGCCUCCAAAUAUAUAAAACAAGCAAUGGAUUGCGCACCUAACGACCCAUCAGUUCUUCACGAAAUGGGUGUAGUCCUAUAUGAGAUGCAAGAUUACGAGAGUGCCGAAAAACUUUUUCUAGAAGCUUUAUCAAAGAUUGAACAUUCCGCCGAGGACAUUUCGGUGGAUAGCUGGGAACCAUUGUUUUCAAAUUUAGGUCACGUUUACCGAAGAUUAAAGUAAAGUAUAUGGUAGAAUUGAUGAAUUGUUUUUGAAAAUUAAUCGAACAUUACAUUAAACCUCAUAGAAAUUAUAAACAAGCCAUAGAAUAUUUUAAGAAAUCUCUAUCAAUUGAUCCACAAAACUCGUCAACCUUGUGUUCUUUAGGAUUUACUUAUACACUGAUGGAGGAGUAUUUAGUUGCCAGCGAAUAUUUUCAUAGGUCAUUGGCUGUGAAGAGAGAAAACACAAUUGCGUCUACUAUGCUGGAGAAGACGUUAGAGCUAAACUUAGAUAAGAUACGAAUAAUAGGUGACCAUGAAAUACCAAUAGAGAAGCGUGGUAGUACAAGUUCGUGCGAAUUAAAUACACCGGGAAUAUCUCGGGCUUUGUCACUGAACCUUGUCCUUGAUACAACUAAAGAAGAGGAUAGUGUAGAAGAUGUCAGUAUGUCAGUUGAAUAACUUUGGAGUAAAAAUAAACAUGGAAUAAUUUUUAAUGAAUCUAAUUUAAAGAAUCCAUAAAGACGUAAUACUAACUUUUUGUGCAUUAUUAUAAAACCCU